AUGUCCUCCGCAGAAGAUCCGAGCCAUGACGACCGAAUUGAAGCAGACAGCAAUCAAGAGCCAGAAAUUGAAGAUGAAGGAGCUCCAAACACAGUCGCAGCUCGAUUCAUGGCUUUGCUCUCCGGCUGGCCGCUGGGAGCGUCAGCUCAGCCAGCUGAAGGCCCAAGGCCAGAAGUCGGCGUUCCUCAAGAUAUCCUCCGCGGAAAUGGAGACGAGAUCAAACAAGUGUUAAAGAGCAUUGAAGAACUGCAACUCGAAUGCAAUGCAUACCAACGACAAGUAGCCGGCGCGGAACAGUACAUCGCCUGCCAAGAAAGACUUCAUGCCGGGGAAGUAGAGUCUUUACAAGAUAAAAUCGCAAACUACAAGCAAAACAAUAAGACUUCAACAAAGAUUAUCAAGAAACUGGAAGCAAGAGUUGCUGAAAAUGAGGCGCAGCUCAGCAAGGCGUACUCUGGUGCCAUGUCCGCCUGGGCAGAAGACGUGUCGCGCGACAUGCCUGACGACGUGAUCAAAAGCAAGAUCAACUCUUUCUUCCAAGGCGACUUUUUCUCUUGGUGCGCCGACAUGUGUGCUCCAGAAAUUGAAUGGAACAACGCCUACAAGCAAGUCCUUUAUUACUAUAACCUGGUCAACCAAGACUUGCUUUACUUGACUGGUCCCGCCUACUUGUUGUUUAACUACGACGCUCCGGAUGGAAGUAGUUCUCUAGUUCUUCUCCAAGCAGCCUUGGCAAAAACACUGGUCAACACUUUUCUGACGAAUCCGUAUUUUCUUCUCGGCGAUGUCCCUGUUUUACAGGAGAUUGAAAGCGCCCUCGCUCAAAAAUCUCUCAAGGAAGCGACGAAUUGGAGAGUCAAUACCGUCCGAAGCUUGGAGAGAACGUUUCCGUUGGACCCUGAGCAAAUUGAAGUUCAUGUCAACUUAUUCUUGAACACGUUUGGGUUUUUAAUCGAAACCCCGGAUUCAUCUGCCAGGGAGGACUUGGCAAGCUUAUUUGCUCACUUUUCGCAAAUUGCAUUGAAGCUGUGGCAGACACCCACAUCGAUCCGAGUCGUCGGUAUGGAACACAUGGACGAUUGUCCAUUCGUUAAAGGGAAUCUUUAUUGGGAAUGCGAGCCUGCCGUGGCGUCGGCGCUUGGCGAACAGGUGAGCGGGCGCCCGAUUGGUGUGGUUAUCCGGCCAUGCAUCCUGUCGGAUCCCAUCCCAGAGCCCGGUGAACAAAGUACCCCGGUUGUUUGGUCCAAAGCCCUGGCCAAGAUGACAUCUUGGACCGACUUGCCCUCCGGAAUGUACAUCAGUUCCUCCUUUCUUUCGUCGUAA